AUGUCACCCUACCAAUUGGUGUUUGGGAAAUCCUGUCAUCUUCCUGUGGAGCUUGAGCACAAAUCAUAUUGGGCAGUGAAGCAGUUAAAUGCCGACUACUACAAGGCGGGAAAGGAAAGACAAUCUUAUCUGAAUUUGCUCGAUGAAUUCCGGAAUGAGGCGUUCGAAAAUUCUGCCAUCUACAAGGAGCGCCUCAAAACUUAUCAUGAUAAGAUGAUCGACAAGCGGGAGUUCUUCCCAGGAGAUUUGGUGUUGUUAUUCAAUGCUCGGAUGAAGCUCUUCCCCAGAAAGCUUAAGUCGAGGUGGUCCGGCCCCUUCAAAGUUAGAACUGUGAUGAAGAAUGGAGCUUUAGAACUUGAAGCUGAUGAUGGGAGGGUGUUCACGGCCAAUGGUCAGAAUGUGAAGACGUUUCAUACUAUGGAGCAGAAGGGAGAAGUGUUCCAACUCUCCUUGGAGCCCCAGUAA